AUCCCAGACUGUAACCUUUUAGACUUCCUUUUUUUUAUGUUCACUUCCUUCAAUUUCACAAGCAACAAUUGUUUCGACAAUGUCGACUAUCGGAGGUCAGAUGGAAGAAAUCAAAGCCUUAAUAUCAUAUAAUUCAAAAGCAGACCGAUCGUUCGGUUAUUCAACUCUUUUACACUUCCAAUAACAGUCCAGUGACAGUCCUCCUUCAAUCCAAGCCCUAAUUCAAAGUUCUCAUUGUCUUAUAAAUUUAAUCCUCUCUGAUAUCCACCAUGAAGAUCAAAAAAAUAGCUGCUCAAGCCUUUAAGUGCUUUGGGUAUAUGAUCUAUCAUCCUUCUCUUACUGCUGCAAUUCCUGCUGAAGAUGUAAAACUGGUUUUAGAGUCAUUGGCUAAACUCAUCACUGUUACAAAAAUGAAGUCAGUUUGUAAUUUAGGCGUGUGGUGUAUAUCUAUGCAACAAUUUGAUACACCACUUUUAGCUGCCUGCUUUGAUUCAUUGCUGGCGGCGGUUGUUCAUGCCCUUUAUAACCCUAGUGGCUCAUUGUCAACUACGUUUGAGACAGCAGGCUGUGGCAAAGUUAAAAGCCCAAAUGAGUGAAAUGAUGCGAGAAUCAUCACACUUAUGGGCUCCUCCAAUAUAUAGAAGACUUCUCAGCAUUGAUAAGAGAGAGCGAGAUAUGUCAGAGAGGUGUCUUUUGAAAAUUAAGUCUACAAUACUUCCUGCUCCAAUAAGUCUUUCAAAGGCUAUUAUUGAAGAUGUGAGGAAAAAUUUGCUGACGGGGAUGAAGGACUGGUUAGACAAGGGUAUGAAAGUUCAAACUGUCCUUGCGUGGGGGUGGUUUAUCAGCUUCCUAGGAUCUGGUGCCUUGAAGAACAGACAUUUAGUAAAUGAUAUGUUGAAGGUUCUGGAGCAAACAUUUUCAGAUCACAACCCACAAGUCCAGAUUGCUUCUCUGGUUGCCUGGCAAGGUCUUAUCGAUGCGCUGGUUCACCCUCAAAUACUGUACUGCAAAAGGAAUGCAAGUCAACAGUUACAAACAUCCUCAGGAAAAAGCAGUGAAUUGAUGUUAAAUGGAUUUUCAAAAAGCUUAAAGCUCACAAUGACACCUCUAACGGGAAUCAUUUCAAGUAAAUGUGAUAUAUCUGUUCUCUCAUCCUGCCUAAACACAUGGUGUUAUCUCCUACAUAAGCUUGAUACCUCCAUCAACUCCAAUAAUUAAAGUGGUAUUGGAUCCUAUGUUUCAAGCAAUUUUAAAGAUGGGCCCAGAUAGUAAAAGUAUCCAGUUAUGGAAUUUUUGCCUUGAUUUGCUUCUAGAUUGUAUAUCAGCAAAGUGUUCAGAUUUGAUCUCUGAUCCAAAGGACCAGAUAAACCUUCGUCUUUCAGCCAGAACCAUAAUUCCCGGGUCUGGAAGGUACUCAUGGAAGCAAUUCCUAUUUAGUCAGUUGGAUUUCUACUUUAAGAUGAUUGCUAUUAUCAUUACUCAUGUGGCAACUGCAACAAUUUCCCCAGAAAGCAGAAAAACAGCGUGUGAUGCAGCUGUCAGGAUAUUUAGAUCUGUUUUAAAGGGAGUGCAAAUGGAGUUUAGAAACCCAUUAAAUAAUUAUGAUAACAUUAUGUUCUGUUUGAAUAUAAUAUUUAGUUUCACAAAAAAAGUAGGCGAAGAUGCUAGUUCAGAAGGUGUUGGUGACUUGUUUAACACUUCUCUUUCUUUAAUAGAGGCUGCUGUGGAUGAAUUAGAACCUUCUAUUAUGGAAUCCCCUCUUUACAAGGUGGCUUUAGACAUCAAUUAUGUUGGCACUCUGGAUUCAGUUAAUUGUUCAAAAGUACUGCACCAGUGUUCUUUUAUGGAUAUGGUUUCACCCAUGGUUUAAUCUAACUGUACUCUACCUCACUUUGGUGGUUCAGUUAACUAUAAAUACACCUGAGAUGGAAUUGAUUUUACAGAGGCUUCAAAGUUUUUAUAAAUCCGUACUGUCUUCUGAUGAUCCCCUGGAAAGUUUUCUUGCUUCUGUUGGUUUAUUAUAUGGGCACAUGGGUUUUAUGUACAUGGAGAUAUGGAUGGCAAUGGUGACAUGUCUUAAUGGCUAUAUUGAUGGUAUGGAGGAUCUCUCCCUAUUCAAAACAGAUUCUGGCAAAUCAUUUUAUAGGGCCAUCCGCCAUCUCUUAUCAUAUCCAUUCAUUUUGUUCUCUUGUUCUGAGAAAGAUUUAACCCUGUUGAACUCUGGUGACGCCCUGAAAGAAUCUUUUAUUUUAUCAGAGAGAAGACUUGAACAGGCUAUUGAGAUUUGGAAAUCGUUUUAUGUUUCUGUUUGUGCUGCAUUCUUUAAGUUGUCUACUACAAACACUCUUGGUGGUGAUCUGUGUGCAAUGUUAAAUUCGUGUUUGGAUGAAAACAGUAGCAUAUUUCGGUAUAAUAGCGAGCUUGGUUUACGUUACAAGGAUCUGGAGUUCUCUUGCAUUCUUUUCUCUGGCAAUGUUUUGGUAUGUAUUUUGGAACAUAAACCGACUUCAGAUACAGGUGAAAGUGGAAAAGAAUGUGUUGUAUAUAAUGA